AUGCACUCGAUUCUCAAGCAAGCUACAAAGGCAGCAAGCAGCAGCCAUACAGCAGCGCAGGCGGGCAUUGUCAUAGUCGGAGGCGGGCUGGCCGGACUUGCAGCUGCCGUAGAGGCGCUGCAGCGGACGCAGGGCUCGGGCGUGACAGUGGCUCUCCUUGAAAAGGAGGCGCGCACCGGAGGCAACUCGGCCAAGGCGUCUUCGGGCAUCAACGGCGCCGGCACGCAAACGCAGCGCAAGCUGGGCAUCAACGACACGGUGGCAGCGCUCGAGGCUGACACGCUGCGGUCGGCGCGCGGCGAGGGCUCAAGUGUGCUUGCAGAGCGGCUAGCGCAGGAUAGUGCGGGCGCCGUCGAGUGGCUGCAGACCCAGUUUGCGCUGGACCUUGACGUGGUUGCGCAACUGGGCGGCCACAGCGUGGCGCGCACACACCGGCGGCCCGACACGCCCGACGGCCGGCCGCAGCCCGUCGGCUGGGGCAUUGUCAGCACACUGGCAAAGCACCUGGCCGACGAGCCGCGGUUCCGGCUGGUGGCCGGCGCGCGCGUGACAACGCUCGAGCUGGACGGGGCGCGCAUAAGCGGCGUCACGUACGAGCAGGACGGUGCUACGCAGCAGCUUGAUGCUCGUGCCGUGGUGCUGGCCACCGGCGGGUUUGGGGGCGGCGGCGAGUGGCUCAAGCGCUACGCGCCGCAGCUGGAAGCGCUGCCGGCCACCAACGGCGCAUUUGCCACAGGCGACGGGCUGCAGCUGGCCACGGCGGUUGGCGCGGCGCUUGUUGGCAUGGAGCGGGUGCAGGUGCAUCCCACGGGGUUUGUGCGCGCCAGCGAGCCCGCGGCGCACACAAAGUUUCUUGCGGCCGAGGCCCUGCGCGGCGCUGGCGCGCUGCUGCUGGACGCGCGUGGCCGCCGCUUUGUCGACGAGCUGGCGACGCGCGACGUUGUGACCAGCGCCAUUAACGACGCGUGCGGAUCGCCGGACACCCGCGCCACACAUGCCGGCGCCGAGGACCCCGGGCUUCCAGCAGCCUUUUUGCUGCUGUCUCAGGCUGCCGCCGAUGCCUUUGGCCGUGGCGCGCUGGGCUUCUACGAGAAGAUGGGGCUUGUGUACAGUGCCGCCGGUCUGGGCGCGUUGGCCGCUGCCCUGCGCAUGCCGCGCGCUGCCCUCGAGCAUUCGCUCCGCGCCCACGACGAGGUCCGCAAUGCUGACAGCGUCGAUGAUUUUGGCAAGCGCGUGUUUCCGCAGCCGGCGCUCAACGCGGAUGCCGCCGCGCCGUACUUCUGGGCUGUCGUCACGCCCAGCAUCCACUACACCAUGGGCGGCCUGCGCUUUGAUGAGCAUGCGCACGUGCUGCGUGCCACCGACGGCGCGCCUAUUCCCGGGCUGCUGGCGGCAGGCGAGGUGACCGGCGGUCUGCAUGGCGCCAACCGCCUGGCCGGCAACUUGCUGCUCGAGUGCGUUGUCUUUGGCCGCGAGGCCGGUCGCCAGGCCGCGAUGCUGGCGUUGGUGUGA